CAGCUCCCACCUCGGCGCUACCUUCUGGCUCGGUGCAGCAUGGCUCUGGGGAGUAUUUGGAGAUUUUGGACGGUGCUGGUGUUGUUGUCCGGGACCCUGAGUCUGGACUGUGAGAGACUGCACUUACAGCAAGUUCUCAACACAGAGACUCUGAGCAAACUGCAUGAAAUGGGCGGCCGCCUUCCCUGGCAAUGUGUAAGAGUGAGGUCCGCGCUCAAAACCAAGCCCUUGAACUUGGUGAAGCUUUCAGAGGGUUUGCAGGCCCAGGACAGGAUCCAGAUACUUCAUCAAAUCUUGCGUCACAUCAACAAGAUCUACAGCAUGAAUUUGGGGUCAGUCACUUGGGCCCGGAGCAAGGUGGAAAAUGUCCGGCUUCUCCUGGAACGGCAGCUCAGGGAGCUGGAGGAAUGUGUGAUGAGGUCAGGAACAGAGGGCAGACGGAGCAGAAAUGCCACCAUUCAGAAAUACUUCAGGAAACUACGAAAGUUCCUCAAACAGAAGGUGAGACAAUUGGCCAUUGACUGUGUAAUCACUAGCAUUCA